CCCUGUCAUGCUCUCACAUGGGAGAUGAGUUUGCAUCAUGCAUCUUGCUCUCGCAUACAAAAUUCUAUGGCCCUUGAGAUGAUGGCCUCGGGCAGAACAUGUGUGCCACUGAUAGUGUGACAUCUGCAUGUCAGAGAGACAAAGUGGGUGAGCCCAACAUACCUACCUUUGGCUUCCUCUUCGACAUUGACGGGGUAGUGGUACGAGGAAAGACUCCAAUUCCUGCUGCAAAAAAAGCCUUUCAAAAGCUAGUUAAUUCUCAGGGACAAUUCUUGGUGCCAGUAGUAUUUGUGACCAAUGCAGGAAACUGCCUUCGCCAGAAGAAAGCUGAUCAGUUGUCUCAUAUUUUGGGAGUGCCGAUUUCACAAGACCAAGUUGUGAUGUCUCAUAGUCCUUUACGGAUGUUCAAAUGUUACCAUGACAAAUGCGUUCUGGUGUCUGGGCAAGGACCACUUCUUGACAUUGCCAAAUAUCUGGGUUUUUGUCAACCUAUUACCAUUGAUAUACUGCGUGAGACAUAUCCUUUACUGGAUAUGGUUGACCAUGACAGACGGCCUAAAGUUUUGCAUUUGCCAGCUGUGGAACUUCCCAAAAUUGAGGCUGUUGUUUUGUUUGGAGAACCAGUCAGAUGGGAGACUAAUCUUCAACUGAUAAUAGAUGUUCUGCUGACCAGCGGCUGGCCUGGAAAGCCACAUCAUCAAGCCAGUUACCCACAUAUACCCGUGCUUGCUUGUAAUAUGGAUCUGAUGUGGAUGGCUGAAGCACAGUCUCCAAGAUUUGGGCAUGGAACAUUCAUGGUUUGUUUGGAAAAUAUUUACAAGAAGAUCACUGGCAAAGAACUGAAAUAUGAGGCCUUGAUGGGCAAACCUAGUGAAUUGACCUAUCACUAUGCAGAGUACCUGAUUAGGAUGCAGGCAGCACAAAGACACUGGAAGAAGCCUAUUCAAACUCUUUAUGCCAUUGGGGACAACCUAAUGACUGAUAUCUAUGGUGCUAACCUUUAUAAUCGUUACCUUGAAGAGAAGAAUUCCAGAAAAGGUUCCAAAGGGCGUAUCCAGGCCAAAGUUGCUGCUGGGACCAGGUCUGCCACUAUUUCUCAGGAUGAUGAAAUAGACCACACUUGGCAAAAUGAACUUGCACCUGCUACUGCCACCAGUUGCAGGUCUGUUCUUGUUUGUACUGGGGUUUACAAUCCUCACACAGAGGUGCCCUCUGACACCAGAGAGAGUAUAACUGAGACUGUGUUCCAUGGUCACAGAGAUUUUAGAUUUGAUCCUGCUUUGGUAGAGCCAGACCAUAUUGUACCAGAUGUUGAUGCUGCUGUAGAUCUGAUCUACCAACUGGAGAAUUUUGCACCUGAUCAAGAUACUACAACUUUUUAAGGAUUGUUCAUUCAAAAGCACAUCAGGGUUUACAGCACAGUACAAAAUGUUGCUUUCUAACACGUUUAACCCUUUAACCUCAAUAUUUUAAAACACUUUCCUGAACUGGCCUCUCCUACGUAGCACACCAGAACUGGCUUUAUUUGUCAUAAUUACCUCCUGACCGUAAUGUUAUGAGGAAAGUAGAAUUUCCAUGUAUUUUAAAGUUUAUUAAUCAUGUGUCUGACAUUUCUUCUGUCAAUUGUACACCGCUACCUCGAUAUAACACCACCCGAUAUAACACAAAUUUGGAUAUAACGCGGUAAAGCAGUGCUCCGGGGGGCGGGGCUGCGCACUCCAGUGGAUCAAAGCACGUUCAGUAUAACACAGUUUCACCUAUAACACGGUAAGAUUUUUUGGCUCCCAAGGACAGCGUUAUAUCGGGUAGAGGUGUAUUUAACUGCAGACAAUGCAAUUGGUACCAGAGAGGUGCAACAGUGCAAACAAUGCAUAGUUUUUUACUUGAAACUUCAAACCAAUGUUGUUUCUAACCUGCCUUAGGUCUAAUAUGCAGCUGAGUUUGUCAGGAGUCUAAGUAUCAUAUAUUUGUUUUAACAGGUCACUAUUCCCAUGGCUGUUUGUUAUAAACAGAGAUUUAAUUUAUUUAGUCUGUUACCAUUUUUAUAAAACAUUUCAACUAUUUUAACACAAAGAGAUUGUCUUCUGAAAUAUUAUUUAUAGCUUGCUCUGGUUAAAACACUGUAGAUCUACUUGCAAAGCAUGCUUUGCACAUGUCAUAUAUUGCAUGAGCAGAAAUAGCCAAACUAACUAGCAAUUGUUGGACCAAUGACAUAGAACUUGCAGGAUAUACAAGCUCUCUUGCAACUUCAUACAUGGAAUCUUCUCUGGACUGGAAACUCCUUUUUUAUAGAUGAAAAUCCCAGGAUCUGCAACUAGCUGUUUUCAUUUUGUUUUUUUUUAUAUGGGUGAGACAUCAGAUCUGCUCUUUUUAAAUAGGAACCUAACAGUGUUCAGUGAAAAGACCUUCUGGCCAACUUUUCUUUUCACAUCUUCAUUUAAAUUAGCAGCAUGAAAUCGAGAAAGCUGUAAAGUCAUUGAGUGAUGGGGAGAGAAGAUUGAUGAUGUCAAAUCUUUUCAAGCAGUGUUUUUAUUACUCUUUACAGACUUUUUGAGUCCGUUCUCUACCAUCAUCACUGCUGAUUCAAUGGCUCCUAAUGUUGCCAAAAACAGACUCUAACAAAUAUUAACAGAAUCUAAUCUUCUAGAUUUAAUUACUUUGAUAUGAGUCGAGUGGGUUUCCUACUUCUUCACUGAAAAAAGUGCAACAGCAGUACUAUGUGCUUGUGGCUUGCCUUUACUGGUUCUUUCUGUUGUGACCAACCACAUGUGCCUCUUUCCUUAGCAGUACGCUGUGCCAUCUAAAUGUACCAAACACUUAAAUGUAAAGACUAUGGUUAGGGAAUUUUGAAAUGUCAGGAUUAUACUAAAGCUCUGCCACAUUUUAGUACUGAAGAGUGUUGCAGAAUUCUUUAACUCCUAAUGCAGGAAAGUGGCCUCAACAUACAUCAUGGAGAAAAGUGUGGAGGUUGACGAAGAACGGAAAACAGUCUAGUUAAUGUUUGUUUUCGUGUGUGUGUGUCUUUCACAUAUUUAAAAAGAGCUCGCACCUACAGAAGUACUUCCAGUACCUGGUCUGAUGUACAGCUUAUGCAAGAAUAAUGUAUGCAGCUUGUCCAAACCAACUAAAAUAUUAACUCACACUUCAGCUGUUUGGAAAACAUUUAGUCAUAUUAGAGAUGUAGCAAAAUACUUAGCAUAAUACAGUUGCUAACAAAACUUUCUUCUACUUUUUGCAAUCAAUUAAGCUUUAACUGAAAGUAAGGAAUUGAAGCUCUUUAGCAGUUUACAUGUCUGAGAGAGGUCUUGUUUAUUCAUUUGGUUAUUAGGAUCUGUUUUUAACUUAAAGCACAUGAAGGUGAUACUCUAAGAAAAAAUAUAAUCCUUUGAUUUCUGUGGCUUCUGUUCAUGGGGAGGGUUCAGAAUCCAAACUAGUGUGAAAGAAGUGUUGUACAAGCAAUAAAUGCCACCCAAAUGCUCUGACACCCUUUGCCAAUUAACUCCAAAAUUGGGCAGUGUCUCAAGUACUGUAAAUUAAACUAAAAUAUAGUGAUCCCAUGUUUGGGAACCGGAUAACUAAAAUCAAGAUGUGGAAAUCCCCAAAGGAGAAUCUCCAAAUGGUCUUCACGGUGGCAAGAGGGCCUUAAUUUACAGGUCUGCAUGGUAACUACAUGCAUUAUUCCCCUUAGGAGUCAAAUUAAUAUCAUAUCAGACAUAGGAAAAGACCAGUAAUAUGAGUUUAACCAUUUCUAGACACUUCCAAGGCAAGCACUGAAGCUGACAUUCUAUAGCUGUGGGACUAACCUUUGAGAGGGGCUUUUUCCUUGUUCUGCCACAUUAUUUGUCUUUUCAGUAUCUCUUUCUUCCACCUAUCUCAGGUUCCUACACUCAUCACACUGGAAUUGGCAGUGCUUCCCACACAUUGCUCCUAUGGCAUCUAAACCCUGUAUUAAGCAGGUCACUGUGCAGGUAUAGUAGCAUCUGCAGCUUUAAAAUUUAGUACUAAAACAGCUAGAAGAACGUUAGUGUUUGAAUUCCCAGAAAGUAGAAUUUGCUCCUCAUUUCUGUGAAUAUGUUUUAUUCUUCAUCAUUGUACUUUUUGAAAAAUAGUGUAUCCUGUACUCAUUUUUACUGAAAUAAAACU